UUGCUCCUCGCGCUCGCCGACCACUUUAACCGGCUACUCGACCCGCCCUCGCCCAGCUCUACCAUGUCGACCACCAACAUCAUCUCCAAGCGCCGCAAGUUCGUCGCCGACGGUGUCUUCUACGCCGAGCUGAGCGAGUUCUUCUCGCGCACCCUCUCGUCCGAGGGUUACUCGGGCUGCGAGGUCCGCGUCACGCACGCCCGCACCGAGAUCAUCAUCCGCGCGACCCACACCCAGGAGGUCCUCGGCGAGAAGGGCCGCCGCAUCCGCGAGCUCACGUCGCUCGUCCAGAAGCGCUUCCGCUUCCCCGAGGGCUCGGUCGAGCUCUACGCCGAGAAGGUCCAGAACCGCGGCCUCGACGCCGUCGCCCAGUGCGAGUCGCUCCGCUACAAGCUCCUCGGCGGCCUUGCCGUCCGUCGCGCGUGCUACGGUGUCCUCCGCUUCGUCAUGGAGUCGGGCGCCAAGGGCUGCGAGGUCAUCGUCUCGGGCAAGCUCCGUGCCGCCCGCGCCAAGUCGAUGAAGUUCACCGACGGCUUCAUGAUCCACUCUGGCCAGCCGGUCCGCGACUUUGUCGACUCGGCGACCCGCCACGUCCUCAUGCGCCAGGGUGUCCUCGGCAUCAAGGUCAAGAUCAUGAAGCCCUGGGACCCGGAAGGCCGCCUCGGCCCGUCCAAGCCCCUCCCGGACGUUGUCACGAUCUCGGAGCCCAAGCCGGACGUCGAGUACUCGCAGCAGGUCCAGUCGGUCAACGUCGGCGCCGCCAACAUCCCCGCCCCGGCCCAGGCCGCGCAGCAGGCGGCCGAGCAGGCCGGCCAGGAGCAGCCCGCCCAGGAGAUCGUCACCGGCGCCGCCGAGGUCGCGACCGAGGGCUUCUAAACGCUCCCGACGCACCUUUGAUGAUGCGCGCGGGAACGUGAGGAAGGCUGUCGAGGGGGAGGCGGGCGAGGCGAGCAGGCUCCUUUUCUUGUUGUUCUUGCGAACCAAGGUCGUCUCCUCCCA